GGGAAGAAGAAGAGACCACCGUCUUGGCCUGCGCGACACGAAACAGCCGCUGCGAUCGAGAUAGUUCAUAAUCGCCCGUGGCUCGCGGCGGAUCGAUCGAGGGAUCGCGCGCGAGUGUAAAUCCGCGCGAAAUCUCCUUUUUUUUCCGCGAUUCUCAUUUUCGCGAGCAAAGGAGGAUAAGAGAAAGAAAGAGAGAGAGAGAGAGAAAAACAGGAAGAAAUCGCGGAGGAAGUUCACUGUUUCCACUCUCCGUCUUUCUGUUCCCCGGGAAAACGAGAGAACGGCAGCCACGACGGCGGCCGAUUCGUCGUGAAAUCGCUCGAGGAACAUGAUCCGCGUAGACGAAUCAGACCCAGUGGGAGAGAUCGAGCCCAGUUUCCCAUAUAGAGAUGUGACGGUACGACGAGGUGUCGAGUUCAAGGACGAUUAUGACAUCCAGUCGGAGCUCGGACGGGGAAAAUUUGGAAUUGUUUACCGAUGCAAGGAGAAAAUGAGCGGCUUGAUGCUCGCCGCGAAAGUGGUGAACAUCGUGAAGAAGGAAGACAGACGUGCUGUGCAGAGAGAAGUAGACAUUAUGCGACGCUUACAGCAUCCACGGUUGAUUCAGCUGUACGACUCCAUUGAUGCGGGGAAACAGAUAUAUGUCGUUUUAGAAUUGAUCGACGGCGGCGAGCUCUUUGAGAGAGUGAUAGACGACGAUUUCGUACUGACGGAACGCAGUUGCGCCGUUUUUAUGCGGCAAAUAUGCGAGGGAAUAGAAUUCAUGCAUGGUCAAAAGAUUUUGCAUCUCGAUCUAAAACCGGAGAAUAUUUUGUGCCUAACGAAGGAAGGUAACAGAAUCAAAAUCAUCGAUUUUGGUUUAGCAAGAGAAUACGAUCCAAGUAAGAAACUACAAGUGUUGUUUGGUACGCCUGAGUUUGUUGCCCCAGAAGUCGUAAACUUUGACCAAAUUGGAUUCGGUACUGAUAUAUGGAGCAUAGGUGUUAUUUGUUACGUAUUAUUGUCCGGUUUAUCACCUUUCAUGGGCGAUACGGAUAUAGAGACAAUGGCGAAUGUUACCAUUGCAAAGUACGACUUUGAUCACGAGGCCUUCGCCGAGAUCUCAGAGGACGCGAAAGAUUUCAUAAGAUGCCUUCUGGUGAAAGAUAAAGAAAAGCGAAUGACGGCGGCGCAAUGUCGGGAGCACCGCUGGUUGGUUCGAAAAAUGAUCAAGCCGAAGAGCGAGAAGGAGACCGCGGGAUUGGCGGCGGCCAAAAGGAUGGCCUUCAUCGAGAAUCGCCCUGUCAUCAGCGUUGUCGACAGAGAUGAGCUGGACGUGACCAAGGACAAUCUCAGACUGUUCGUCGAACGUUGGCGGGAACACCCGGACAGCCCGUACACUAUCGACUCGUAUCACGCGUUACCGAGGAAUCCGCUUCGCACUCGCGACGAAUCCAUGUCUCUGCGGGGUCACAGUCCCUCUCCUUGCGACAGUCUUCGCAGCAGUAGCACGCAAUCGGAGAGGGUGAUGAUCGACUCCGCCAUGAGAGAUAAUUCUAGUCACUUGUUGCCCGUGCCAAGUCUCAGCUUGUCCUUGGAAAGGAGAGCUUCCGAAGGUACGGCUGCGCGAAAUCGUCGCGAUCCCGCCAGUCAGAUCGCUUUGGCCGAGGAGAUCAUCAAACUGUCCGAGCACUUGCGCUCGAUCGCCACGGGAUCGCGGAUGAGUGAAGAAAAUAAUGGAGAUGCAACGGCAGUGCAACAGUCCAUCAAGAAGCCUGGCGAUAUCGAAAAUAAUCAUAAUAUCUCGAAGAGCAAUAUUAAAAUGACAGCGUCUCAUGUCAGUAAAGAGUCUAACGAGAUCACGGAGAAACUGUCCACUAUCACUCGACAGCGAAAACUCAACGGGACGACCUUUCAUAGUAGUCGUAGUUUCGACAGAUACAAUUUCGAUACAAAUUUCAAUAACGUGUUUGUGGCCCUGAGAAGGACGAGUAUCGGCGAUGGCGAUGUGUCUGAUAGACGAAGGGAUUCUCAAAAAUAUUCCCUCGGACGGACGGCGAUCACCAAGGCGAUGGAGGAGAAGUUUAACGGGGAAAAGAUCGGUAGAAGAAGGUCCUCCGUCGGUGCGGAGGAAAUGGACUUGACGCCACCUUGGCGGCGAUCGCGAGUGAAACGAUCCUUCGGCGAAACUAGCAGAGAUGUUCCACGGAUAUCGAAUUUGCGGGAUCUACACAAGAAUCUGAAUCUGGACGAGCCGGGCAGCGCCAAGGACCUGCUGUUGCAUCUAUUAGGCGAAUGGGAGGAGGUCACCACGACAUCCUGCAGCGGUAACGGUGGUAGCGGCAGUGUCGGCAGGAAGUCUAUGAGCCUGGAUUGGUGUGCCGCCGACACGAUCGCCAGGAAGACGAUGAAUUCAUUGGCGGAGUAUUUCCAAUCGAAGCAACAGGAAGCGAAAUCUUCCGACGUCGCGUCAUCCACGUCGCCGACGAUAUAUCGUUGAAUGAUACGUUCAUCCCGUUACAGGUUGCGCAUUUGCGAAUUUCGAGGAUUGGUCGCAGACGGAUCAGGAAAAUGCGCGGCGUUAAUAAUGGGUGCAUUCAGCGGACUCAACAGUUGAGUGAGCGCUUGCUAUUAUUAGUGUAUUCUUUUAGCUUAUUCAAUCAGAAUUUCAGAUCUAGAAGAAUACGUCAAUAGCAGCAAGCGCUCAUUCGACUGUUGAGUCUGAUGAAUGCUCCCAUUCUUUCUUCUUUCCGAUCGCAAAUGUUAUUUUGGUUUGAAGAUUCCCUGAUAGCAAAGCCUGGGGAGACAGAUUUCGAACAGAGCCUGUUACCAAUUUUUGAUUGCAGAAAGGCACCAAAUUGUAUACAGAAUUUGUAUUAUCUGACAUUGUCAGCAAAUUGCUGCCAGAAAUAUAACAAAGCAGAAACCGAGCAAAGUCUUGCAUAACCUGACGACGGAUUGAUAGAAGAAUUUGCUCGGUUUCUGCCAUCAAUCUACUGGCAUAGUCUGUCAACAGGCUUUGUCGACAAAUCCAUAGCCAAAUGUGGACACAGAUGGCUAUGGUUUUGUAGUCGAAAUCUGAGGGAGUUUGCUGCCAAUUUGGCUCCAAAUUGCUAACAUUUUGCUAUCAGGAUUAAGAUGAAAUUUAUGCGUCAAACGCUUAGGGCAAUAAAUAUACUUGAUGAAUCGUAAAAAUUAAUCUAUGAAAAUGUAAAUCUCUGUAAUUUUUAAAAUUGAAAAUUAAUUUUGUAGUCUUUUAACCCCUUUAAAUUCAUUUCGAUCAUUUAUGUCUUAGAGAACACUGUUACAAAUAACAAAUAAGUGCACUCUUAUUUCUUAUUUAACUACGUUUUUAAGAAGAGAUUACGAAGAAAUGCAGAAGAAUUUUUUGAAUAUAUUAAGAGAGGUGGAUAAUAAAAAGUAUCGGUAACUUUUAAAUAUCUUAACGCCUGCUUAAGUUUAUCGAUGAUUAUCUGAAUCAUCUCCGUUUCUCUUCUUUUCAUUAAAAACAACACAAAAUAUUGCAAUUUCGUGACAUUUCAGAAAACGUGUAUAUAAAACGUUGCAAAAGUGCAAGAUCAUAGAAUUCUCCGUAAUUGAACUCGAAAUAUGUAGAUUUUAAUGGAUAUUUAUGCACAAAGAGAUAAAAAUGAAUAAUGGAGAUGGUGGCUUUAAUGAAGACUGAGAGCGAUAAAAAAAACUUAUGAAUUACAAAUAAAGUCUACGCGGUCAUAUUUUAUACUCUAAGCAGACUUCUCUAUAGUUGUGUACCAUCAGCACACCCUCCAAUUAUUAAUAUUUUUAUAUGCGUCAGAGUACGACACAUUAAUUUUCAUCAAGGUAUCUCUAUCGCUUUGAUUCAAUUUAAUCCCUUGCGAACUAAUAAAUCUAUAGUGACGCUUUUAAUAACAAGAAUGGCGCAAUUAUUCGUUCCGAAUUCGAAAAUUCUUUCUCUACAAGCAACUUUUUAUAAGUUCCACAGAAAACUGUUAUAUUU